AUGCCUCCACCAGAGGGUCCUGGUCCUAAUCCCUGGGCCCUCUCAGAGUUACUGGGCCAGCGGAGGCUUGUGGUGUUGGGGGUGCUAGUAGCAUGGAUGGUCCUCUUCCACCUCCUGGUGAACGUGUGGCUCCUCUGUCUCUUCACCAGCCUGCUGGUGGUCCUGGGUGGCUGGCUGGGGUCCCGCGCUGCCCUGGAUGCCAACAGCCUGCUACACCUGGAGCACUUCGUCCCCUUGGGUAGAUCAGAGAAGGCCCUCCACUCGCCUGAGAGCGAAUGGAGGCUGGACCACGAGAUCCACAGCGCUGUGCAUAAAGCCGUCCGGGACUUUGUGUCAUCCUGGUACCACACUAUGCUGACCGAGGAGGAGGGGCCGGGGGAGUUUGAGCACAUUAUGCGGGACGCCAUGUUGGAUUCAGUGAUGGAGCUGAAGGAGAGGGCUCGGCGCGUGGACAGGAGAGCGCUGGUCCAGAGGACCUUGGAGCUGUGUGGCUGCCACCUGCAGAGCUACAUGACAGCCAGGGAGAUGAUGAAGCAGGCGGAGGCACGGCUGGGGAUGCAGCACAGAGACAGCUCCAGCACCCCCAGCCUGUGGGAGUUGUAUAGCCAGGCGGAUGCCCCCCACCCAGCCCUGGCUAGUCCAUCCACGGAGCUCAGCUAUUCCCGGGCCGUAGUGGACCUCCUAAUGCAAGUCCUGGUCCCGUUCCCUCACCUAGAGACCAGGACAGGGAGGUACAUGGUGGGGGAGUUGAUCACCUGUAACGUCCUCCUCCCACUGGUCAGUAGGGUGUCCGACCCUGACUGGCUCAACCUCACCAUUGUGGACUUGUUCACCAAAGCCAAAGAAUCACCGGAUGAGUCCCUCGAUGAGCUCCCUGAUACUCUAGUCCAGCUGCACAGGAGUCAGACCCAGCAGGAGCUCUGGACCCAGACCCGUUCUACCUCCUGGCUCCAGACUCAGAGAGACCAGAACGAGUCCAGCAACAGCCCCACUCCUCCCAAGCCGGCCACUCCAGACUCCCUGGACUCCAUGGAGUCCUACCAUAUGGCAAAGCCAGAUCUGAAGGAGGAAACACGGCAGUACUGUGGAGCGAUCCUGCCAAUGUCAUGCAUUGGUCCAUCGAUCAGAAUAAACAGUUGUCCUGUGUCUAUGGAUCUGCUAAGGUCCUGCAGCGGUGGCCAGCCGCCUGUGUCAGGGUGUGGACUCAGACCUGGAGUCCCCAUCGACAGAAUCAAAACAGCUCUCUGUGGAGUCCCUAGACCAGAUGGACUCCGAGGAGGACCAGACAGACAGUUUCUGUGACUGUGCCUCCCCUACCAACUUCUGCAGUGUGUUUGAAGAUGAGCCGCCUGGAUGCUUCGGCAACAUGAAGGUCCUGGGACCCAAGGUUUGUUUGUUUAUUGGUCUUUCAGCAUUCCUACAUGUUCUUAAAAACAGUUAUUUAAAAUGUAUAUAAAUAUAAAACAAUACAAAGCAUUGAUGUAGAAUAAAUAAGGUUACAAAUUGCUAUGAAUGGCUUUGCUAAAAUCUUAAGGUGCAGGUAUCCGAGCAGCCCCACUGGCCAGUGGGCAUGGCAGAGGAGCUGCACCCACGCUGCCCUGUCCCUCCGGGGGGGCUGUGUCUGACCCCCAUUCAGCUUCGAACCCCUCAGCAGCCCAGACGGACCCGUCCUCAUCCAGAACCUGAGAAUCAC